UCCACCCAGUCGGCCAAUCAGAUCAACUCCAAGGUUCUCCAAGGCUGGCAUCAGAAUUAUUUCCAUUUCGAUUUGCAACUACUGCGCAAGGGCUCAACUUUCUGGGAGCAGGGCACCGUCGCAUGUCCAGCAACCUAGACCACGAUGUUGAAGUCUACACAUCGUCCUGCCGGUCCAGUGCCGGUAGAGGAACCUCUCCCACCCGGGUGGACAGAACACAAAGCCCCGAGCGGACAUACCUAUUACUACAAUGCGGAAACGAAACAAUCCACAUAUACGAGACCGACCAUACCGUCUGACGAGCCCUUGCAGAUCGACUAUGGUGCCACCGAGCCCGAUCAAGUUAUGCGUGCCUCGCUCCAGGUCAUGGAGGAAUUUCAGAAGAAUAACACACAAGGAGCGGGCCAUUUCACUGGCGGAAGAAGUUACCAUGACCACUCUCGAAGGCGAGGCAAUCAGGGAGACCGACCAAAAUCAAAGGCCGCCAUCCCAGACUGUGCGCCUUGGUUGCUCGUAAAGACAAAGCUAGGCAGACGGUUCGUGCACAACACCGAGACCAAGCAGAGUCUCUGGAAGUUUCCGCAGGAUGUCAUGAUGGCGGUCAUAGAGAUGGACAGGUUGGAAUGGGAAGCGAAGAAGAAGGUCGAAAGUGAACCGGAGACGAAGAAACCAGAAGAAGUUCAGACAGUUACCAACGCUCCUCAAAGAACAACAUCUCCAGAUCACCAACCACAGCCGAGACACGACGAUUACGACAGCGACUCUUACGAGGAAGUUGAGGUGACGGACGAUGAAGGAGAAGAGGGCGAGCCCAAACGACCCCGGCUCGACGAGUCUCCACCUCCGCCCUCCGGACCUGUGGAACUGGGCGAAGACGACAUAGCCUGGCAGCUGGCCCAAAUGGAAGAAGACUACGAACAAGGCGAGGACCCGGCCCACCAAUAUGACCAAGGCGAAGAUGAAGAUGAUGAAGCAGGCCUCCCACUCACAGCCACCGAUAACAUCGCCCUCUUCCGCUCCCUGCUCGAUGACUCUGGGAUAUCGCCAUACGCUACGUUCGAAAAACUCAUCGAAGACAUCCACGUGGUUGAGGACGAGCGGUAUAUCGCCCUACCUAACACGACAACCCGCAAAGAAGCCUUCGUUGCCUGGUCCAAAGAUCGCAUAAACGAGCUCCAGCAGCGCAAGAAAGCCGUCGAACAGACACAGAAGCCACGCGACGUGAAAGUCGAGUACCUGAGAUUUCUGCAUCGGCAUGCCACUCCGAAACUGUACUGGCCCGAGUUCAAACGCAAGUUCAAAAAAGAGUCCGAGAUGCGCGAUGUCACGCUCCAGGACAAAGACCGCGAAAAGAUCUACCGCGAGCUCGUUGCCAAGUUGAAGACCGGCGAGUCCGACCGGCGGAAAGAGCUCGUCACGUUGCUGAAGAGUAUGGACAAGGGAGCGCUAACCAAAUACAAGGCUGUCGAGGACUUGCCAGACGCGGUUCUACGGGAUGUCAGAUUCUACACUAUUGAGAAAGACAGACGAGAUGAGUUGGUGCGCACGUUUCUGGAGACGCAGCGUUGAGAUACACCCGUCCUUCCGAGAGCGAUAGAGCUGUGGCCCUCCGUAUACAUGAAUUGUAUCGAAUCAAACUAAACUGUCAUUGAACACUACC